GGUCUGCGCGCCCCAUGAUGAGCAAAAAAUAUAACAUUAUCCAAGCAGUAUUCAAUAUGUGGAACGAUCAAACGGAACUCGAGGCGCUGCGUGCGAUCUAUUGCCUAACCAAAGCAGCUGCAGCCAAGCCCAACUGGCGCAAAUUACUUGAUCUGGGAAACACCCUGGAACGGGAGCUAAAGCGUAAGCUACUCUGGAUAUGGCCCACGGCACUGGACCUCAAGAACUUCAAUCAAAUACUAAAGAAACUAGCCAUACGCAAUGUGCUGAGCAUAGGCUGCGGCAGUGGGUUGCUCGAGUGGCUGGUAGGCGCUGUUGCCGAGCAAGGAUUACGCAUUUAUGGACUUGAAAGGGAUCCAAACUGGUGGCGCAGCAAGUAUGCGGUGCGCAGCUUUAUUCCACUCAACUACAUUGAGGAGGCGUGCUCCAAAUUGACUACCCAUUUCUUAAGCGAAUGUUGCUCGGGCGUUGCGCCUUGUGCUCUGCUCUUCUGUUACUUUAACAAUCGCAGCGCAUUUUUAGAGUACCUUAGUGUGUUUGAGGGCAAGUGGCUAAUAUUAAUAGGCCCACAGCCCGCAGUGGGCAUACACACAGAGCCUAAUCCUCUGCAGCCGCAACUACCCGACGAUCAGUGGGCGCUACAUCAGGUUAUCAACUGGACUGAAAAGAAUUUGGUGGCUGUCUACGAGAAACUGUCAUAAUUAAGCUGAACAUAUGGAUUUUGUUUAUAAAUGUAUAUAUAUAUUUAUUUAUAAUGCUAUGAAUAAUAUA